GCCACAAGCGGGUUAAAGUUUUCCCGAUGACUUGUAAGGGACGGGAAUCACAAUCACAACAGGAGUGUGAUUCACAUUUCAUUGAUAUAUGGUUUAUAAGGAAGGCGGGAGAGGUUCUUGCAUCAACGUCAACACAGUCAACACUUUCGUUUGAAUUUGAAUGCUAAAUAACUUUAUCGAAAGCCAUGGCAGAUGCUGCAGCUCCUGCGACUCUUGACUCCGAGAAGGCAGUUAAAGAAUACUAUGGAAAAAUCUUAACCAAAUCCUCUGACCUCAAGACUGGAGCAUGCACCAGUCAGCCUGGAAAGUACCCAAAGUUUAUCCGGGAGGCCAUUGGAGCAGUGCAUCAGGAGGUCACUGAUAAGUAUUACGGCUGUGGUCCUGUCUUCCCGCCGGCACUACGGGGAUCCUCCGUGCUAGAUCUGGGCAGCGGGAGCGGUCAAGACUGCUACAUCCUCAGCAAGCUGGUUGGUCAGGAUGGAGAAGUGGUUGGGCUGGACAUGACAGAUGAACAGCUUGCUGUUGCGAACAAGUAUAUCGACUACCACACCCAGCUGUACGGCUACUCCAAGCCCAACAUUAGCUUUGUCAAAGGCAACAUGGAACUCAUGCAAGAGGCAGGCAUACCCAGCAACAAGUUUGACCUCAUUGUAUCCAAUUGUGUUAUCAAUCUAGCCAAGGACAAGCGUGCUGUGCUUAAAGAGGCAUACAGAGCACUGAAGGAUGGAGGAGAGCUCUACUUCAGCGAUGUCUAUGCUGACAAAGAUUUGCCUGCAAAUAUCAGAGAACAUGAGGAGUUGUGGUGUGAGUGUGUGGUGGGUGCCCUCUGGUGGCGGGAUCUGUACAGACUGGCUGAAGAGAUUGGUUUCUCCACACCACGCAUGGUCACUGCAGGACUCUUCUCCAUCGACGACAAGUCUUACAAGGACUUUCUCGGUGAUGCCAAGUUUGUCUCAGUGACUUACAGUCUGUUCAAGCUUCCUGAAGGAGAACGCUCCCCCUGUACCAUUCAGUACAAUGGUGGCAUCCAGGGCUAUGAGGAGGACUUUAAGUUUGAUCAUGGCAUCACCUUCAAGAAAGGUGAAGAGGCCCAUGUGAAGGCGGGUCUUGCAGCCGUCUUGAAGACUUCUCGCUACAGCCAGUUCUUCACAUUCUCCGAUGGAGAGAAGGGACCAUGCAAGUGCUCAAAGCUGGACAAAGAUCCAUUUGAGCUGUGUGCAGAACAAGGCAACAAGAAGAGCUGUUGCUGAGAUCUGGAACUCUCUCCUGCUGCUUUGGGACUUCAAGGACUGCUUUGUAGUUUAGCUGUGUUGAUCUGCGCGCGCGUGUGUGUGUGUGUACAUGUGUGUGCGUAUGUGUGCACUGAAUGUGUAUAGAUGCGGGUGUGCAUGUCUUUAUUUCCUCAGGGGAGCAUCUAUUUAAGAGACCAGGGGUGUGUUCAUUAGUGAAAUGUAUAGCACAAUUCUCUACUCCGGUGGUUUUGACACCUGUUGGGAUUUUGGGUCGUGUUCACAUUCAUGGGCCCCCUGUUGCCAGUUUUUCUUCACUUUUUACAAGAAGAGAAUCAUUUUAUACUGAACCAUUUCUUUGCAUGCUACAUUGACUUACUAAAUUGGUUUAUACUAUGUUAAAAUUUUGUGACGACAGUGUCGGUCAGAAGUAUUUUACUGUUUGUCAAAGCAUUCGUUAAAAGAUUUUAACAUACCAGUGGCACUAAGAUUCUGUAGCAGGUAUGGUAUUUCUUUGGAAUAGAGUAAGUUGGAAGUACUCUUGAAUGUAUUCUCAUAAUUCCACAUCAUGGUUGAUCAUCAUCUUUGAUUCCUUUCAUAACUUAUUGGUGUGCUUCUUUUUGACGUUUCCCACCAGGUCAGCGUCAGAUUGAUUGUGACGCUGAGCGUAACUCAUGUUAUUUUAGUUUGAAUCAAUAAAUGGUAUGGACAUAUCCUGUCAAUAUAUACUUUUAAUACUUUUAUAAA